AUGGCAGUACGCCAUGAACCAAUGGCUGAUACUUCAGUGGAACAGAUGGCAGCCGUAGACCCCUUACCUAUUCUCACCCCCCUGGAACCAAUUAAAAAAUCACUACUACCGGAUGAAGAUAAAUGGCCCUGCGAACUUCCCAAGACCAGGCAGACAAUACAGGAGAGAUUUCCUCGCAAGAAAGAUUGGAUGCAUGACUGGGCAAAUUCUUAUUACAUGGUCGGAGACGGUGGCGCCAAAACUAAGAAAUAA